AUGGGCAAGCAGGUGCGUCUCAAAGUAACAUCAGUUGGUAUACUCACUCCUAAGUGGUUAGUGAAGGCGAUGGCAUUCAUUGACAAUGGAUUAGAUACCACUCUAAUCACUAAGGAUUUCGCCGUAAAGAACCAUAUCACAACCCAACCAUCUUCCUCGACGAUCAGCACGGUGAACGGUAUCAAGACUACUUCCGCCGAUCGAACGAGCGUGACGUUGAUGUCGCUAGAUAGUGGUGAACGCGUAGAGAUGACGGAGGCUUUCACCAUAGCCGAAUUGCCGAUGCGAGCAGUGAAAUCGAUCGGAGAACCGGCAACGCGCUGGACACACCUGAGAGAUUUACAUUUCGAAGAAGCCGACUCUUCCAAAAUCGAUUUGCUGAUAGGAUCUGACAUGCCAGAAGCAUACUGGGUGCUGGACCAGAGACUGGACGGAAGGGAGGAACCCUACACCGCUCGCACCGUUUUCGGACGGACAUUAUUUGGAUCGCAUCAUUCGGCCAACCGCAAACCAUUGUCAAAUAACUUUACCAACACCAUCGUUGGCGACGAUGUGAUCGAACAAACCUUACAACGGAUGUACGAUAAUGAGUUCGACGAGUUGAGCGACCAGAAAAGAGCCCCUUCGGUAGAAGAUAACCGGGCAUUGGCUAAAGUCGAAACGGGGACACGCUAUCAGCCCGACGGGUUCAAAGUGCCGUUACCAUGGAAGCCGGGAUAUGCCCUAAAACGAUUGGGGUACCUUAAAAGGCGACUGGUCAGGGACACAGGACUAUGUCGACAGUUCACCUCGGCGAUGCAAUGGAAGGAGCAUCUGGGAUAUACAGAACGAGUGGUCGUGUCACAACCACGCGGUUAA